UUGUUAUUUUUGGCCUGUCAAAGUAAAAAAUUAUGAUUGGUUUUUUUAUUUAUUAUUAUUAUCAGAUUAUAAAAAAAAAUUAAUUUAAUGUUUUAAUAAUUUUUAAAUUAUGUAUAAAAACUCAAAAAUAGUUAACCACAAUCAGCAAAUGCAAUUGGAUCAAGUUGUACCGGACUGUCAAUUGAAUGCUGCAUAUCAAUGUACAAGAAUCGAUCAUGAAAUUAAAUUGAAUGUCAAUUGCAAUCCCUCACCUGCCCGACUUACCAGAAUUAUCAUUACCCUCAGCAAUAAUAAUCAACAAAUUGAUGAUAUUGUCAAACUGAUAAAUACUAUUGAUAUUCUACGGUUAAAUAUUUCUCAUGGAGAUAAAAAUUGGCAUCGGCAGGCUAUUAAAAAUUUACGAAAAGCUUCGAAACAGCUGUCUACUCAAUUAAAUACCUUUAAUCCUCCAUCAGUGGCUCUUGAUCUCCGUGGACCUGAAAUACGUACUAAAAUAUUUAAAGACGAUCCUAAUUCAACCCAAAUUUAUACUAGUCUUACAAAAGGCAAUAACGUUAGUCUGUUAACGGAUAAUCUUAUUAUUAAACAGAAUGUAAAUACUCCAAUUCUCUGGACGUCUUGUCCAGAAUUACCUCGAAUAUCACAAAUUGGUGAUCGAAUUAUUUUAGAUCGCGGUGCUGUUGCUUUAACCGUUAAUAAAAUAGGAGAAAAUUAUGUUGAGUGCAGAGUUAUGAAUACUGGAAUGAUAUCAAAUGGUAAAAUAAUUCAGACGAUUGAUACUGCAUUAGAAUUACCUGGGAUAUCUGAGAAAGACGAGGAAGACAUAAAUUUAGCACUUGAACUUGAAUGUGAUUAUUUAAUAGUCUCUCAUGUACGAACAAGUAAAACAAUUUACAUGAUAAAAAAACGUGUAAAGGAAUCAAGCGUCCGUCCGAUUUGUAUACUCGCUAAAAUAUCUUCAUCUCAGGGUGUUGAUAGUUUUGACGAUAUUCUUAAAGUAGCUGACGGUAUUGUCAUUGACCGUGAGUGUCUUCAAGUGGACAUUAGAUCUGAAAAAAUAUUUCUGGCACAAAAAUCAAUGAUUGCCAAGUGUAAUCGAAUUGGUAAACCGGUGAUAGUAACAUAUCGCGUGUCAACAACCGACGGGCGAGUGAAACUGGACCUCGACCUUCUGGCAAAUGCAAUUCUCGAGGGUGUUGAUGGUAUUUUUUUAGCCACUGGUUCCUUGAUUGAUAUCAAUAAACUUAAGAAACUUAUCGAGGACGUCGACCUCACAUGCCGCGAGGCUGAAUCUGCGAGAUGGCAAAGACAAAUUUUUCACGAGCUCAGUUACAAGAGCACAAUCCCAGUGGACUCAACUCACGGCGUAGCUAUUGCUGCCGUGGAGCUGUCAAUGAAACUCAAUACAUCGGCAAUAAUUGUCACCACAACGACCGGUCGAUCUGCAAUGCUACUGUCUAUUUAUCGACCACGAUGCCCUAUAGUUGCAGUUACGCGACACAAAAUAACUUCUCAAUGGCUAAGAAUUUAUUUUGCCCUUCAUCCUAUUCACUAUACCUGUAAACGAAAUUCAAAUUGGAGUCAAGACAUAGAAGAGAGAAUCAGCUGUGGUAUGAAUUACCUUCGUCAGUCAAGAUUUGUUAAAGUGGGCGAUCCAGUGGUGGUUGUUAGUGGAUGGCGUUCUCACAAUCAAGGAUUUACUAAUUCUAUUCGUGUAAUUUACGUUUCAUUGCUACCAAUUACAAGCAUCAGUGAUGACUUUGAGGAAACUUGGUGACGUAAA